GUACCACUACCACCAAAUCCAAGAGGUAGUUUAAACCACCUGCGCCCAGUGUUGUAAUUGCUCGACCCUGGGGCUUCUGCUGCCCCUGUUUUCACCGUUCCCUUGUAUCUCUUUUUCUCUCACUGUAAUUGAUUCAUUCCCAAGGAGCUUAGCGUUUCUUUGUUUUUCCCCUUCGAUCAAGGAAGAGUGAAACCGCCAUGGAUAUGGAUGAAUUUCAUGAUUGGGAGGUGCUGCAGCCGAGCCCGGGUUCGGAUUCUGGAAACCAGUUCAAAUUUGGGGAAUUCGGAGCUGAUUCGGAUGGUGUGAUUCGUAACGAUUACUUUUCAGUUGAUGAUGACGAUCGGUAUCUGAAAACCGUUGCUGCUGCUGAUGCCGUCGGGGCGGCGGGGUCAGGGGCAUCGGAUAAUCCGAAUUGGAUUGGCCACGCGUUGUCCCGGGAGGGUUCUGACGAGUUCUGUCCCGAGUUGGAAGUUGAUAGGUCAGAGAUUCGGAUGCUAGAGGAGUUUGAGGGGAAAGGAGAAAUUGACUUUCUUCUCGAUAAGGAGAAAGUUCAAGGGGGUUUUGGUGGAAUUAAUGAGACAGGGAAUAACUUCGAGGAAUUCAAGUCCGGUUGGGAAGGAAAUGAAUUCGGUGGAGCGAAAUUCGAGGAGUUUGAGGAUAACUUGCGCGAGGAAUCAGAGGUUUUUGCUGACAAAGAACAUGAAACCUUACCAACUGGUGGUGAAACCGUGAACAAAACUGUUGAAGUUGAAGUGAAGAAUAACUUCGAGGAGUUCAAUUCCGGUUGGGGAGGAAAUGGAUAUGGAUAUGGUGGAGCGAAAUUCGAUGAGUUUGAGGAUAAGGAGUUGGUAGUUGAAAAAGAGGAGAAUUUGUGCGACGGAUCAGAGGUGUUCACUGAAAAAGAACAUGAAAUCGUGCCAACUGGUGGUGAAACCAUGAACAAAAUUGUUGAAGUGAAGAAGGCAGAGGUGGAAAAGAAGAGUGUGGUUUGGUGGAAGGCGCCGUUUGAGCUUCUGAAGUACUGUAUGUUCAGGUUUAAACCUGUGUGGACCUUCUCCAUGGCUGCUGCUCUGAUAGGAUUUGCUAUUUUGGGUCACCGAAUAUACAGGGUGAAGAAGAAGAUAAGGAGCUUGGAGCUCAAAGUCACCAUGGAUGACAAGAAGGUAUCUCAGUUCAUGAGCCGUGCUGCGCGCCUUAACGAGGCAUUCUCGGUAGUGAAGCGGGUCCCUGUGAUCCGGCCUCAGUUGCCAGCAACUGGAGUAGCACCAUGGCCAGUCAUGACCAAACUUGCCCUGCAGGAAGCAUGAUUUGUUAUAUGGUUAAGAUUUUAGAAUUUUGUGUUUAGUUGAAGUUGUUGCUCAACUUAAAAACCUCCAGUUGCACGUAUUUUCUGUAAACAUAGUUGAGAAUGAUAUAGUUUAUUGAACUUCAAAGGGUUGGUUGUAUUAGGACGACUACUACGCAUAGAGUUUGUAUCUCACUUGAAUUAUAUUACUAGUUUUACACUGCCCAUUGCGCGAAUA